AUGAUAGGGAGUCGCAGCUCCCCGGCAUGCAUGACAAAUUCAGCAUGGCAAUCUGCGCCAUGCCACGAAAUCAGCAAUACAAAUUUGGUCAACAGGGGUGACGUUUUUCCGUGCAUAUCUGCAGGUCGGACAGCUUGCCACUCCCAUGGUUCUCCGCGUGGUCAUUCCCUUGCUCGUCCUCAUCCAUUCCUGCGCUUGCUGCAAAUGGGUUCUCCGGACCGUCGUAGCCGUGUCGGGCGGAGCAGCAUAAAGACCGUCGACCCCCGGCGGCUCGACGUCCUCGUUAGGUGGAAGCGUCUCGGGGUCGACCUCUUCGGGGUGGACGGCCAGCAGCUGCACGACGUCGCCAAACUGUGGAUAUCCUAUCGUAUGGAAAAACGAACCCACAAUGUGGCUGCAUCGCAAUUGCCAAAAUAUGAAGCCUUGCAUGACAAAAUCGCGACCGCGUCGAAUUUCCUGCAUUUUUACAAAUCCUCUAUAUUGCGUGACAAACUCCCUACCUUGCAUGACACAUCCACUCAAUUCGCCAUGCUCAAGCUGCGACGCUAAUGCCCAUGCACAAGGCUGCGACGUGAAUUCCCACUGUGGGCGCGUUUUUUGUCCCGGAUAGCGGCCAGCUCAUGCAAACACGCCAACAGAAGCCCGGAACUUUUGGGAAACCACCCUACUACCAUCUGCGCGCCGAGCCACCGCAUUCGGGCGAUGCUCGCUAUCUUUGUACCAGGAAAAGAGUUUUGCAACAUUUUGAUAACCUGAGUCGACAUGGCCAAACCUUGACCACCAGAAGGACCAAAACCGUGGCCAUUUGCGUCGGUCAUCUGAAGGGCUUUGGCCGCACAUAGGAAGGGGCAUAAAAAUCGAGUGAGUACCUUUUUCCGCUCCUGUAAAAAAGGUAUUCGCGAUUUUUGGGUGCCAAAAAAAGGUAUUCAAGGGGGGGGCAUAAAGGAGGGUCAAGGGCACGCCUUGAGCGAGGAUUAUUCGGGCUCCCGGGAGGCCGAAAUAAUCAUUGCCACGGACCCAACAGCUCUGCGCCCAAGCCUAGUGAAAAGAUGCCGCCUAAGUGGUAAAUGCUUUGGCCCGGCAUCUCGGCGGUUUGGCAGCCCACAUCGCGG